UCUGUGCUGGGGUGUCCCACAACCACAAGCCCCCAUCAUUCUGUAGCUCGUGGAGGAUUGAUCAUCUAUAUGGCUUUUCUGCGCGCGCACUUGAAUCCAUUGCAAGGCGUGCACUUUCAUACACAAAAAGAGAUGCCAUUUUUGUUGAAUGAUAUAAUGACCACAAUCAUGAACAAGAUACUCAAAGUCAUCCACUCUUUUUUCUUGUUUUUGAAGUCACCUACUCUCUUGCUUCAGUUUCCUAUAUAAGAAACUACGCGUUCUCGGAUUCCUCAUACAUUCUUCUCUUUUGUUUAAGCACAGACAAAGCUGAAUUAUAUACUCUCUGUCUCUCCACUCUAUUCAAAUCAUUACCCUUAUCUUUCUUAUAUACGACUGCCUUAUUUUAUUUUUAUUUUUACAGCAGGUAGCAUGAUCUUGAGGAUAUCCUUGCUGUUGCUAGCCUUAGUGGCUACAUUCUCAACUGCUUCAAUUAACAAACAGACAUAUGUAAUUCAUAUGGACAAAUCCAAGAUUCCAGCUCCAUAUCACUCUUCGGGAAAUUCAAAACAAUGGUAUGAAUCAAUGAUUAAUUCCAUUGCUGAUUUCCCAUCUCAACGCGAACACAAAGAAGAUGAAGAAGAGGAUGAUGAAACGGGAUCUCCUCAGAUUCUUUAUGUCUAUGAAACUGCAAUUUUUGGGUUUGCUGCGAGGCUCUCUACAAAGCAAGUUCAACGACUUAGCAAAAUUAAUGGUUUUCUUUCCGCCAUUCCUGACGAAAUGCUAACCCUCCACACUACACACUCCCCUCACUUUCUUGGACUGCAAAGUGGUGAAGGGCUUUGGAGCCUUCCAAGCUUAGCUACAGAUGUUAUAAUUGGAAUUUUUGAUACUGGAAUCUGGCCAGAACAUGUUAGUUUCCAGGAUGCAGGCUUAUCUGCAGUGCCCUCUAGAUGGAAAGGCGCAUGCCAAAAUGGCACAAAAUUUUCACCAUCAAAUUGCAACAAGAAGAUCAUUGGUGCAAAAGCUUUCUUCAAAGGCUAUGAAUCCCUUGUAGGAAGAAUCAACGAAACAGUUGAUUACCGAUCCCCUCGCGACGCGCAAGGCCAUGGAACACACACUGCAUCAACUGCUGCUGGUAACCUUGUAGACAAGGCAAGUUUCUUCGGUUUAGCGAAUGGCUCAGCAGCUGGAAUGAAGUAUACAGCAAGAAUUGCAGUUUAUAAAGUCUGUUGGUCAUUAGGCUGCACCAAUACUGAUCUAUUGGCAGCUCUAGACCAAGCUGUAGCAGAUGGUGUUGAUGUCCUAUCCCUCUCUUUGGGAGGUACUGCCAAAUCUUUUUAUAGUGACAAUGUUGCCAUAGCCUCAUUUGGGGCAACCCAAAAUGGGGUUUUUGUUUCUUGCUCUGCAGGAAAUUCUGGUCCAUCUACCUCGACUGUAGACAAUACCGCACCAUGGAUCAUGACAGUUGCUGCUAGCUACACCGAUCGAAGUUUUCCAACAACAGUCAAACUUGGGAACGGACAAAUUUUCACUGGGGUUUCUCUAUUUUCUGGCAGAGCAACCAAGCAAUUGCAAAUUGUCUAUGGGACAACUGCAGGUCACAUAACAGCUAAGUAUUGCACGAGUGGCUCACUCAAAAAGCAACUAGUCAAAGGCAAAAUUGUUGUUUGCGAGAGAGGAAUUACUGGCCGAACCGCGAAAGGGGAGCAAGUGAAAUUGGCAGGAGGAGCAGGAAUGCUACUAAUUAACUCUGAAGGUCAAGGCGAAGAGCUUUUCGCAGACCCCCAUAUUCUGCCAGCAUGUACUUUAGGAGCUUCUGCAGGUAAAGCAAUCAAAAUGUAUAUUAACUCGACUAAAAGGCCUACUGCUUCAAUUUCUUUCAAAGGAACAACAUAUGGCAAUCCUGCACCGGCAGUGGCUGCGUUCUCAUCCAGAGGACCAAGUGCGGUUGGACCAGAAGUGAUUAAGCCAGAUGUGACUGCACCAGGAGUGAACAUUUUAGCAGCUUGGCCACCAAUGACUAGCCCAUCUAUGCUCAAGAGGGACAAAAGAAGUGUAUUGUUCAAUGUACUUUCAGGAACAUCGAUGUCAUGCCCUCAUGUUAGCGGCCUAGCUGCACUACUAAAGUCUGUCCACAGAGAUUGGUCACCAGCAGCAAUCAAAUCAGCACUAAUGACCACAGCUUAUGUUCUUGACAACAAAAAUCUUCCAAUUGCUGAUCUGGGCGCCAAUAACUCUGCAUCAGCUACGCCUUUCGCCUUCGGAUCAGGUCAUGUUGACCCUGAAAGUGCUUCUGAUCCAGGCCUAAUAUAUGAUAUUACAACAGAAGAUUAUUUAAACUAUUUGUGCAGCCUGAAUUAUACAUCCGCUCAAGUAUUUCAAGUGUCAAGGAGAAGAUUCAGCUGUCCGAACAAUACAAUUAUCCAGCCGGGUGACUUGAAUUACCCGUCUUUUGCUGUAAAUUUCGCAGGCAAUGCUCAAAAUAUCAGCAAAACGUUCAAGAGAACAGUAACAAAUGUAGGCACCCCUUCAUGUACUUAUGCAGUACAAGUACAGGAACCCAAUGGAGUAUCAACGGUGGUCAAGCCGAAGAUUUUGAGGUUUCGAAACUUGGGAGAGAAACUGAGUUACAAGGUAACAUUUAUUGGGUUGAAAGAAAGAGAUAGCAGAGAAAGUCAUUCUUUUGGGUCAUUAGUUUGGGUGUCAGGAAAAUAUAAGGUCAAAAGUCCUAUUGCUGUAACUUGGCGAUAGUUUUUGGCAUGUAGGGCAGACUAAUCAGGAACCCUCUAGAUUCACAAUUCAAAAUCCUUCGUAAGACUGCAAAAAUUGCUUGCAGCUUCUUUUUUAUGUGCUAAAAAAUAAAAGAAAGAUACUUUUUCUGAA